UCCAUCCCUUGUGGUGUCAUCUGCAGAUAUGGCCAGAGAAGUCAUGAAGACACAUGAUAUCACUUUCUCAAACCGGCCAAGAACUACAGCUGCUGACAUAUUACUGUACGGUUGUACAGACAUAGGGUUCGCAUCCUAUGGUGAAUAUUGGAGACAAGCAAGGAAAAUCUCCGUCCUCGAACUUUUGAGUCUCAGAAGAGUGCAAUCAUUCCAAUACGUAAGGGAAGAAGAGGUUAUUUAACUAACAAAUAGGAUACGUGAGUCGUGCCUCAAGCAAACUUCUGUUAAUCUAAGUGAGAUGUUCUUUACAACCUCAAACAAUAUUGUCUCUAGAUGUACGCUUGGACAGAAGUAUGAAGGAGAAGAUGAUAAGAGCAGGUUUAAAGAGCUAUCACGAAGGACAAUGGUGCUAUUGGCAGCAUUUUGCGUUGGAGAUUUUUUCCCUUCUCUAGGAUGGAUUGAUGUUCUUACCGGACUAAUCUCAAGUUUGAAAGCCACAGUUAGAGAAAUUGAUCCAUUUUUAGAUCAAGUCAUUGAAGAACACAAGAAAAUGAGAGGCGAUGAUCAUGACCAACCAAAUAAGAAAGAUUUUGUCGAUAUUCUUCUCCAACUUCAAGAGGAAGACAUGCUUGACUAUGAGUUCACUCAAGACAACCUCAAAGCAAUCUUACUGGACAUGUUUUUGGGAGGAAGUGAGACGUCUUCUACAACUUUGGAAUGGUUAAUGGCAGAGCUCAUUAAAAAUCCAAACAUUAUGAAGAGAGCACAAGAAGAUGUGAGAAGAGUGGUGGGCAACAAGUUGAAGAUAGACGAGAAUGACAUCGGUCAAAUGUGUUACUUGAAAUGUGUCCUAAAGGAAACUCUUAGACUACAUCCACCAGCUCCUCUGUUGCUUCCUCGAGAAACAUCUUCAAGUGUGAAAUUAGGAGGUUAUGAUAUUCCACCAAAAACGAAAGUAAUUGUCAAUGCAUGGGCAAUACAAAGGGACCCCACCGUAUGGGUGAGGGCAGAAGAAUUUCUCCCCGAGCGAUUCAUAGACAACCCAAUUGAUUUCAGAGGCCAAGACUUUGAAUUUCUCCCAUUUGGAGGUGGGAGAAGGGGAUGCCCUGGAUUGAUAUUCGGCAUUACUGCAGUUGAAUAUGUGAUUGCCAACAUCUUAUGCUGGUUUGAUUGGAGGAUGCCCUGUGGUAGUGUGCAUGGGAAAGAUCACUUGGACAUGGAAGAAGUGUACGGCUUCACUGUGUCUAAGAAAGUUCCUCUUCAUUUGGUACCAACACUGCACUCUCUUUGAUCCAUCCAUUAAGAUCAUAUUCGAUCCAAUCAUCCCCUAAAUUACUUUUUUAUGCAAGAGCAUCAUGAUCCUAGCUGAAGCGGUCGUUCACCUGCUGACUUGGUACCUGCAUCAGCAUUAUGCAGUUUUUGUUUUGUUGGCUAUAAUUGUGUUUUCUUUGGAAAUUGUCUUGUUUUUAGUUUGGUUUCUCAACUGGUCUUAAUAAGUAUGUUCAAGUGUUGGGCGUUGUCUAAGCCAUUAAUUAGAGUGUUGCAAGUUAUAUUUUAUAUAUGUCAGUUUUAAUAUAGCCAAAAUGAUGUACUUUCUAUAUGUUAUGAUAAUAAAGGAGAUAAUGGUAAAUAAUUUCUUUAAAAAUAA